AUGGCCGAGCCAGUAACUACCAACAUCGAACCUAAAACACCAGCUAGCGAUGAUACCCCGCACGAUGCUUUACUGCUCCCGAGGCUUGCCCUUCUAGACGCGGGAAAAAUUCCUUUGACAUCCUGGACGCCAUCCUCAGAUGAGGAGCAGCGCAUAUUCCGCGUCUGGAAGGGCUUCACACUAGCCGAACGAACCAAGGAUACGGUGUCUUGGAUAUGGGACUACGGCGUUGAGAUUCAAUCAGAAGCGUCCAGGCGAUGGAUCUGCAUGCCGUGCGUGCGCCAAAAAGCAUCAUCACCACAGUCAUACGAAUCAAGAGGCACACAGAAUGCCGAGCACCACCUCUGGAAGUCUCACGGCUACUGGGAUCCGUCAGGACGACGACGAACGCCACUGCAGACGAAAGAGGGAAGGAAAGCCUUCGCAUCGAUCACAGACCUCAUGGGCCUCAAACGUUUGGAGCCUAACGACCAGGCCCUGGCGAACAACCUAAUCCGACGAUUCGAUCAAGCCGAGUUCCAGAAGCUGGUGGUGAACUGGAUAGUAGAGAGCCAGCAGUCAUUCAGGCAGGUCGAACAUCCACGUCUGCGACAAAUAUUCGAAUACCUGAAUCCUGCGGUGCGUAUCAAGGAUGCGCAUGUUACUGCUAAGACUAUCCAGAGCUUGGCUAUUCAGCAGUUCGAGCGCCAUCGCGAUGCCGUUCAGCAUGCAUUGAGGAGGUCUCCGGGCCAGAUACAUAUCGCUUUCGAUGGCGCGAGGACCAGAAACCGUCACGCAUUAUACGGCGUGACGGCUGUCUUCCGAGAUGAGGACAACCAACUCCGAAAGCUUGUCCUGGGCAUUCCGGAGCUGGUGGAACGACACUCCGGCGAGAAUAUCGCUGCUGAGAUCCUUGACAUUAUUCGCUCCUUCGGCAUCGAGGACAAAGUGGGUUACUUCACCCUCGACAAUGCAGCGAACAACGACACGGCGAUGCGCGAGAUCGCGCAAGAGUUGCACUUCGAUCCGGUGCGACGGCGCGUUCGAUGCGUUGGCCACAUUCUCAAUCUCGUCGUCAAGUCCCUUCUGUUUGGAAAAGAUGUCGAGGCGUUUGAGGACACCGUCGCGAAGGGCGAAGCACUGGCAAGGGCAGCGCACGACACGUGGAUGCGGAGAGGCCCCGUCGGCAAAGCUCACAACUUUGCCAUUUGGGUCCAUCGGUCGGAUGUUCUGACGCAGUUGCUUCGCCAAAUCCAACAAGACUCGUAUGCGGCAGCUGACGACGCCGAAGUUGGGAAGCAACGGCCAGUCGACGUGGUUAUUGACAACGAUACCAGAUGGCUAUCCCAAUACUACAUGAUCAAGCGGCUGUUGCGACUGCAGCCUUUCUAUGAAGAGUUCAUUGCUAAAGCAAAGAGAAUCUUCCGAGAUGGCCGGAGAGGAGAGGUAGGCCGGAGGUUUCCUCCUUGUCUUGAGGAGUCAAGCUUCCUCACCGAGAACGAUUGGGCGGUGCUCAGGACUUUUGACGAGAUCCUCUCGGACUUCCACGUGGUUGUACAAGCGCUCCAGGGCGAUGGGCAGCCGCGUUGUCGCGCCUCCGGCAUACGAGAGACCUUCGGUUCGAUGACUGACGUGCUAGAGGCAUUUGAGUUCCUUCUGAGCAAGCUGGAAGACGCAAAGUCGCAGAUCGAGACGCAUCCCGAGCCGGAGCAUUUUGGCAUUAACGUCAAUCUUGGCUGGAUGAAGCUGGACAAGUACUAUAAUACCUUGAGAGACACGCCGGUCUACUACGCUGCCGCUGCUUUGCAUCCUGGGCUGCGAUGGACUUAUUUUGACGAGAUUUGGGGCCGGCACCACCCGGAAUGGGUUGAAGAAGCGAAGCAGAUUGUGCAGCAGCUCUGGAGCAAUGAAUAUAGUAACCUGCAAAUCACAGUCGCAUCCACUGCCGAUGGGCCAGCGCUAAAAAAGCAGAAGACUGUGCUGUCCUCAUUUGAUAGGUACCGUAAUAGACACCGGCAAAGCAAUGCACCCACUGCCGGAGCAGAUGAAUACGCACGCUGGCAAGCUAGCAUGUCGGAGCUGGACAGAGAUGUGGCUGACCCGGUGGAGUAUUGGCACCUGAAGAGAUUCGAGUAUCCUAAGCUGUCUCGAAUGGCACUUGAUGUGAUGACAGUGCCGGCCAUGAGCGCAGAGUGCGAGAGGCUGUUCUCGGCAGCAGGGCUAAUGGAAAUCGAUGUGGAGACGACAUGGGUCCUCAAUAUUGUGGCCAUCAACCCACGAGAAGGCUUCGUGGACUCAACCCACGACAGCGCUGCUGACGGUGGCGAAUCCUGGCACAGAGGCGGCACUGACCCAAACUCGCCAGAGCACAUCACCGUGGAAUACAAGGAUGCUAAGAAUGGCCACAUUACGACGAAGCACAUCAACCGCGAAGGAAAGGCGGUUUAA